AACCAUCCAGUAAAAAGCCAUUGUACUAACGGGGAUCGUACUGAAGGCUACAGAAGUGAAUGCUCUAGCUAACUACGUGUUUGACUGUUUUUUUUUUAAUCUGCGUAACACCCAAACAGCAUUAAAUAUUUGAAAAGUGAAAAUAAAGCGUGUUGUCGAAAAAGGAAAACAAGACGUUGGCACAGGCCGAACGACGACAGUUUUUCACCAGGGACGUUCACGUUACGCUUGGCGGAGGAAUUCAACCGACUUUUGUAGACAGCGGAAGAGGAAAACGCGCCGCCGUAUUCCGUACCAAUUUCACAUUCCCUUUAGCGUUAGAUAUCUUUGUUUUACCGUCUGUGUUCGGCUUUUCUCUUAGGUCUGUGCCCUUAUUUAGAUGGCAAGCUUUCCAGACUCUAUUAACGAAAAUGAUAUAGGUAAGGCGAAGUUCAUCGGUGAACUGCGGGUGCCUGUUGCUCCUUUCGACCAAAAGUCUGGGCGCGAGACUUGGACAGUAGCUUUUGCACCCAAUGGUUCCUACUUUGCUUGGUCUCAGGGGCAUCGCAUUGUCAGGCUCAUACCCUUGACAAAAUGUCUGAAGAGCUUUUCUGUGGCCAAAGCUGGAGAGUCAACCAAUGCCUCGAGCUUGGGUUGUCGGUCUGGUCAGAACAGCUUUGGCGGCCAGGUAAUCCCAGCUGCCGACGAGCCCCGCGAACACACAAUUGACUGCGGUGACACCGUCUGGGGCCUGGCCUUUGGCUCCUCGGUGCCGGAGAAGCAGAGCCGCUGUGUUAACAUUGAGUGGCACCGCUUCAGGUUUGGUCAGGACCAGCUGCUUCUGGCAACAGGCCUCAACAAUGGUCGCAUCAAGAUCUGGGAUGUGUACACUGGAAAACUGUUGCUGAAUCUGAUGGACCAUACUGAUGUAGUGCGAGACUUGACCUUUGCUCCUGAUGGCAGUCUUGUGCUGGUCUCUGCAUCCAGAGAUAAGACCCUCCGUGUGUGGGACCUUAAAGAUGAUGGUAACAUGGUGAAGGUUCUGCGGGGGCAUCAGAACUGGGUGUACUGCAGCGCCUUCUCCCCUGACUCGUCGAUCCUGUGCUCAGUCGGCGCAGGCAAAGCAGUGUUCCUAUGGAACAUGGAUAAGUACACCUUGAUGGGGAAGCUAGAGGGGCACCACAAUGAUGUGGUGUCAUGUGAGUUUUCACCAGAUGGGGCGCUUUUGGCCACCGCCUCUUAUGACACCCGGGUCAUCGUGUGGGACCACCAAAAGGGCACCGUUCUGCUGGAGCUGGGCCAUCUCUUCCCUCCUCCAUCACCAAUUUUUGCUGGAGGGGCAAAUGACCGCUGGGUUCGCUCUGUGAGCUUCUGCCCUGACGGCCGCCACAUUGCCAGCAUCACUGAUGACAGGCUGGUUCGUUUCUGGAGCAUCGAGGAAAGAGCCCCUCAGGCCAUCGCCUCUCUGCCUAAUGGCCUCUGCUGUGCCUUUUCGGCUGAAGGGAGUGUCCUUGCUGCUGGGACUCGUGACGGUGCGGUGCACUUCUGGGAGUCUCCUCGCAGCAUUGGCAGCCUGCAGCACAUGAGUAGGAUGUCUCUCCGUCGGGUGAUGAGCACCCAGCAGGUGGAGGCCCUGGCCAUUCCCACGCCGCUCCGUGACUACCUGACCUACAAAGUCAUCUAACCCACAGCACCAACUGUUCUUGUCACAGCAUCAUCUGGCUGAAAAA